AUGUUUGCUGGGAGCCCUGCCCUCAACCAAUCCGGCCCCACUGAGUUUGUGUUCCAUGUGUUCACAGCUGUGCCUGAAUUCCAGGUCCUCCUCUUCCUCCUCCUCUACUUGAUGAUGCUUUGCAGCAACACAGCCACCAUCUGGGUGGUGUGCACACACAGCUUCCUCUGCACCCCAAUGUACUUCUUCCUCUCCAAUCUGUCUUUCCUGGAAGUUUGCUACACUUCAGUUGUGGUGCCAUUGAUGCUUUCUAACAUUUUGGGGGCCCAGAAGCCCAUUCCAUUGCCUGGUUGUGGAGCCCAAAUGUUCUUUUUGGUCACCCUUGGCAGCACGGACUGUUUCCUCUUGGCAGUCAUGGCAUAUGAUCGCUACGUGGCCAUCUGCCACCCACUGCACUACACCCUCGUCAUGACCCAGAAGCUGUGCGUCCAGAUGCUGGCCAGCACCCUGGGCCUGGCCCUCUUCCUCUCCCUGCAGCUCACCUCCUUAAUCCUCACCCUGCCCUUUUGCGGGCACGACCGCGAAAUCAACCACUUCCUCUGUGAUGUGCCUCCAGUCUUGCGGUUGGCCUGUGCUGACAUCCGCGUGCACCAGGCCGUCCUCUACGUCAUGGGCAUCCUGGUGCUGACUGUCUCCUUUCUGCUUAUCUGUGUCUCCUAUGUGUUCGACCUGCGCAUCCGUUCUGCUGAGGGCCGCCGCCGGGCUCUGUACACCGGCUCCUCCCACCUCACCGUGGUCUUGCUGAAGUAUGGCUAUUGCAGCCUCGUCUACCCGCGUCCCCGGUCCAGCACCUCAGAGGAUGAGGACCGCCAAAUCGCUCUGGUCUACACCUUUGUCAUCCCCUUACUUAACCCCCUGAUCUCUACUCUGGGCAACAAGGAUGUCAAAGCUGCUCUGAGGAAUGCUAUCAUUCAUAAAGCAGCAUCUGACACCAGUUGAAGGCUUAGGGGGCCUGAGGUGGGUGUCUGUCAUUUGCCAUAAUAAUAAACUCUAAAUGACAAAUGCAGAAUUAUAAUACUUUAUCACACUUUGCAGUUGAUAUUUCUCUUUCGCCAUAUUUGCCCCAUGUCCACAAUCUGCACUCAUUUUCUUCAAGUGCUUUGAAUCAGAUUUGAAACUUGGACAAAACUUCCAAUGCAGGACUCUAGUGUCCUAGCUCUACUUUAAAGACCACAGCUCACCGUGGUCACACUCAGGGCAAUUGCUCUACUAGGAACACCCCAUACACCCUGAGAAUAAAGGUUGCUAUCUUUAGAAAUCCUGCUUUCUGAGGAGACAGUAAUAUUAAUUUAGUCUGUGAAAAGUGCCUUAAAAAAGGACUAUUCAUAAAGACAUAUAUUUUACUCAAAGAAAUAUAUUUUAUUAUUGUUUUAGAUUUCAAUAUAUGGCAAACAAUAGCUUAUUUAGUGCAUCAAUUUCCCUCAUUCCAUAUAUCCCAACUGAUCACCUUCAUUUUCUUUCAUUCUGCUAUGUCAGGGAGUGGCCAGGAAUUAGCAUUCAUUGA